GGCUUCCGCCUUUCAGAACCGGUGUCACGUGUCCUCCAAGGAGUAUAUAUAAGAGGUCCAAUCGGUUUUUGAAUGAAUGAAAAUUGUACGAGACCAAUAACAAGAAGCAAAAAUGCGCCGCAUUAUAAUCGGGAUUGGCGGAAUCACAAAUGGUGGAAAGACAACACUGACUAAGCGGUUGAUAAAUAUCCUGCCUAACUGUUGUGUGGUACACCAGGAUGACUUCUUUAAGCCGCCGGAUCAGAUAGAAGUUGGGGAAGACGGCUUUAAGCAAUGGGAUGUUAUUACAUCUAUUGAUAUGGAAGCCAUGGUAAAUACAGUAUCAGCCUGGAUAGAAAACCCAGUUAAGUUUGCUCUGUCCCAUGGCAUCAGUGUUUCACCUCCACAUAAAGGAUCGGACAAAGAGGAUCUACAGAUACUGAUUCUCGAGGGAUUCCUGCUAUAUAACCACAAGAUGCUUGCAGAAAUGUGCACUGAGCGUUACUACUUAACUAUUCCAUAUGAAGAAUGCAAGAAGAGGCGUAGUGGCCGCAAUUACACUGUACCUGACCCUCCUGGACUUUUUGAUGGACAUGUAUGGCCCAUGUAUCUAAAACAUAGGAAAGAAAUGGAGGAGAGUGGCGUUUGUAUUGUUUCCUUGGAUGGUCUUAUGACAAGAGAAGAAAUCUUCAGUAAAGUUUACACUGAUAUUCAGAACAAGAUUUUAAACUUUUCAUAGUUUCAGGGCUGGAUCAUUUCUGAAUGAGUUUUAUACAUUCUGCAUAUACCUGCUGGAUCCUACCUAUAUCAAGCAACACUAUCAUGGAAGAGAGAGCUAUUUUGUAUAUAAUCAGUAAAUUAAGUUAUCCUGUCAGUAACUUUGUAUAUUUUAAAUAUUUUUUUUAUUAAACUAUUACCAUUUUUAAAUUUAA